AUUGAGAUAUUGUUUAAAAUGUUACUGUGGCAGCGGGGGCAUGGUCAAGCGUCGGUCUGUGACCGGAGGGCAGAGUCAGGGAAGGUAAGUGGCAGAAUCACUGCACCUGAUGUCUGUUAAUCUGUGUUUGUGUGUCUUCCCCAGUGACUGCGCCCUAUAUAAGGAGAGAGAGAGCCGAGGAAGGGAGCUCUCUCCCCAGCCAGACGGAUGAUAAUGUGUGUGCAUGUCUGUGUGAACUGGGAGAGUGUGAAUGCUGAAAAGCUGCAAAUAAAGAGUUUUUGAAAACUCAGUUCUGGCCUGCCGCACUUCUGUGCUCCACCCACCCACUCAAAGUGUUACAGUUACUUUUCAAAGGGGGUAUACUCAUUUACGCUGAGCACUGUAUAUGCCUUCCUGAAACCAUAAUUUUUUUCUGGCUUCCAAACAGACUUUCGUUUCCUCUAGUGCCCACAAAGCAAUGAAAUCAGAUCAUAUUGCAUGAAUGCUAACAGAAGCUCAACCCACUUCUAACCCUAUAAAACCCCUACAAAUCUGUUACUGUCUGUCAGAAGAGCAACAUGGAACAGAUGAUACAGCACUUGAGUAUGGAUGAGAAAAAUGAUGAAUGUCUGGAGUUUGACAGCAAAAAGGAGAACUUCUUACACUUCUAUCUAGCCAUGGUUAGAGACACGCAUCUAGAUGAAAAGGAGAAUCCAGAAGAGUCUGAAUGUAGUACAGAUGGUCCAGAAGACAGUAUAGAAGGCAAAUGUUCUGUGGAUGAAGUGUUGUCGAAGGGUGAGAACUAUGGCAUGACUUGGUGCACCUCCACCAAACAUCAGUUUGAAUCAGUUUGCCAGUCUAUUAUCAAAGACGCUGAAAGUUGUCAGGUUAUGAUCCAAAGUUUAGGAUACAUAGUCAUCCGUCCUGAACUUUUCCCACCAAGAAUAAAAAGGGCUUGCAUGAAUCAUUCCAAUUCUGAUAGAGUAACAAUAUUCUAUUACAAUUGCCCUAUGAAAGAUCACCGUAAUGGUCGGCCUGUCACAUUAAACUUCAGCGGUUCAGAUCAAUUUCUGAAAUGCACCGACAAGGAUGGCAAAGCGGUUCUCACUCUUGAGUGCUGGGACAAAGACAAACUGAAGUCUAUCUGUAAGAAUGACAAAACCACAUGGCCUUUUGUCUUUUUCCUCUCGAUGACGAAGGACAACUUGUUUCGCUUUGAGUCAGCCGAAUGCAGUGGUUGGUAUAUCUGCACGGGAUCUGGCUUGGUGUAUGCAUGUGCUAGACUUGAGGAAAAAAUUGAAAAAUAUAGCUUCAGAAUGAUCUUUUGACAGUAAUAUCUGUGAAGGCAUCAAACCCAGUAGGUCCUACUACUGUAUUUAGAGUUGAUAUAAGGAGAUGUGAAUUGAAUUGUAAUGAAACUCAUAAGAUUUUGAUAAUUAAAACAGAUUUUUUAAUCUGUUUAAAUGGUGGUGCAGUGAUGGUUGCUAUGGGGGUCACAUGGCAGUGCAAAGCCUCUAUACAGGUGAACAGAGUAGGAAUUACAGCACUUUUUAUAUGUGGCCCUGAUAGAGGUAUCUGUUUGGCAUGCUUGCAACUGGUUUUGGCUAGUUGCAAUUAAAUCCUUGAAACUUAUCUUUGCUUGCACAUCUAAGGCUAUCGUGAUCAGUAAUGUAAUGUUUCAUCACCUGUUGAUGCACCCUGUCACACACAAACAACUCAGCUUCUUAAAUCACAUCUUCCAAUCUAUACCACACUCUUGAAUGUGGAUGUAUACUCAUGUUUUGUCUUUCAAUAAACUAAGAAACAUCUCUAAACAGCUGUGUCUGUGUCAGUGACUGUUGCUCCCUGAUAUCCAUGAGGCAGAAUCUCCUAGGUGGCAGAGGUCUACAUUCCUAGAUCAUACUUUGUCAAUAAAACCUCCUUCAGUACAGACAGAUCAAAACUUUUCAGGCCCUGACCUUUUUUAAGGGCCCAAAAGUAACUGAACAAACCAGUAUAAUUAUAAAUUAAAUUGUCAUUUUUAAAUACUUGAUGGCAAAUCCUUUGUGGACAUUGACUGCCUGAAGUCUGGAAACAUCACCACACACUGGGUUUCUUCACUGGUGAUGGUCUGCGUGACCUUUGCUGUAGCUGUGUUCAGUUGGGAUAGGCUUCAGCUUGCCCGCAACCCUGCACCGGAUAAGCAGUUACAGAUAAUGGAUGGAUGAAUGGAUGGCUGUAGUCUCUCUCUUUUGAGGCUUACCAAUGGUUUGCGUCAUGUGGUAAAGCCACUAUAUUUCCCCUCCUGAACUCUUCCCUCAGUUAUUGACUUUUGACACUGUUCUUGAUCUGGCUAACUGUUGUGAAGAGGGUUUUUUUUUCCACCAGGGAAAGAAUUGUUCUGUCAUCCACCACAGUGGUUUUUCUAUGGUCUUCUGGUCCUUUUUGGUGUUCCUGAGCUCAACAGGGCUUUCUUUCUGUUUAAAAAUGUACCAAAUAGUUUAUUUGAAUCACACAAAGUUUUUGCUCCCUCUCUCUCCCUCUCCCUCCCUCUGAUGGCCUUGUAUUGAUUGUUCAGCCUAAUAAUGGCUUACUUCCCUGCCAGUGACAGCUCUCUGGACUUCAUGUUGAGAGUUAACAGCAACAGGUUCCACACAUUAAAUUAACUCUAUGCCUUUUACCUGCUAAUUUGCAAAUAAAGUAAUGAGGGAAUGAUGCACCUCUGGCCAUGGAAUCUGCUGAGCAGCCAAUUGUCCAAUUGCUUUUGGUCCCUUAAAAAGAGGGAGAACACACAUAAAAAAAAAGAUUUGAAUGUAAAUACCCUCAAAUAAAAGCUGAAGUUCUGCCAGGUGCUCAAGCAGGUCAACUGGCUACUCUAAAUUGCCCAUAGAUGUGAAUGAGAGUUUGAAUGUUUAAAGCACUAAAUGGUCUCGCACCACAGUACCUGAGUGAACUUCUGCUCCUCUAUGACCCGCCACGCCUACUUAGAUCAAAAGGUGCAGGCUAUC